UUUUUGGCUCCCUUUCCUCCUGUUACUUUCAUCCGCCCAUCCCAAAAUGCCAGAAACUUCCAAGUUGCAUCCCGUUUUCAGCCAUGGCGGCCUAAACUAAUUCAAAACCCUAAACCCAACCAUCGAUUUUCCUCUUCAUUCCUUUUCCCGAGAAAUUUCAAAUGGCCACCGGAAUCGCUCUCCGAUUCAGAUCCCAUCUACGCCGCACAGCAUUACUCUUCCACUCCUCCCUCCGCCAACCACCCUUCAAACCCUCCCCAUCGCCCCUCUCUUCCUUCUCCCACACCCCUUCCAUCCUCCGUGAUUCCCAUUUCACCCUCUGUGGCCACCGGCUACUCUCCACGGCGAGGCGCCAGCCGCCGCGGUCGAAGAAAACGGUGGACAUCGGCGCACGCGCCCGGCAGCUCCAGAACCGGCGACUCUGGACCUACGCCCUAACCUUCGGUUGCAUCGCUGGCUUCAUAGUGAUCGUUCUGAACAACUUCAAUGAUCAAUUAGUGUUCUACGUUACUCCAACCGAUGCACUCGAAAAAUACGCGAACAAUCCUACGAAAGCGAAGUUCCGAUUGGGCGGUUUGGUCCUCGAAGGGAGCGUGGUGUAUCCGGCGUCGUCUCCGGAAGUGGAAUUCGUAAUCACCGAUUUGAUCACCGACAUCGUUGUUCGUUACCAGGGCUCGUUGCCCGAUUUGUUCAGAGAAGGCCAUUCGGUGGUUGUGGAAGGGUUCGUGAAGCCGUUCACGGAGGAGAUCAAAAAGGAAGUGUCAACUAAGAACGUGUCGGAGAAGGCUCGGAGUGGAGAGUGUUACUUUUCGGCUACGGAGGUUCUCGCUAAGCACGAUGAGAAGUAUAUGCCUAAGGAAGUUGCUGCAGCUAUUGAGAAGAACAAGAAGAUUAUUGAAGAAGCUUCUCGCGCUGUGAACGAGGGACCCAAACCCUAGAUGGAUAUUGGAUGGUAUUACUCAAUUUUUGAAAUCUUAUUUUUUGGACUGUUUAAUGAUUUUUUGAGGGAUACGAGUUAUUUAACAAUAGGCUGAGAAUUUUUUUCUCGGAAUAAUUAGGAUGAAUACGGUGGUAUGGAAGAUAGAGAUACAAAUUUUGAUUGUUUAUGAGAAGAGGCAAAAAUCUGCAGUUGUUUUCUUCUUGUUGUAAUGCAUUAUUGUGCGAUGAAUUUCUUAAUAAAUGUUUAGCAGAAUGAUAAUGUAGCUUUUUUAUAUACUUUGUUCUCGAAAUACUUAGUUUUAUCAUG